AUGGCGGACAGCGCGAGCGAGAGCGACACGGACGCGGCGGGCGGCGGCCCGGCAGCCAUGCAGUCGUCCUGCUCGGCGACCUCGGGCGGCAGCGGCGGGGGCGGCGGCGGGAAGUCGGGGGGCAUUGUCAUCUCGCCGUUCCGCCUGGAGGAGCUCACCAACCGCCUGGCCUCGCUGCAGCAGGAGAACAAGGUGCUCAAGAUCGAGCUGGAGACCUACAAACUCAAGUGCAAGGCGCUGCAGGAGGAGAACCGCGACCUGCGCAAAGCCAGCGUGACCAUCCAAGCCAGGGCUGAGCAGGAAGAAGAGUUCAUCAGUAACACGUUAUUCAAGAAAAUCCAGGCCUUGCAGAAGGAGAAAGAAACCCUCGCGGUGAAUUACGAGAAGGAAGAGGAGUUUCUCACCAAUGAGCUCUCCCGGAAACUGAUGCAGCUGCAGCAUGAGAAAGCCGAGCUGGAGCAGCACCUGGAGCAGGAGCAGGAGUUCCAGGUCAACAAGCUGAUGAAGAAGAUCAAAAAGCUGGAGAAUGACACGAUCUCCAAGCAACUCACCCUAGAGCAGUUGAGACGGGAGAAGAUUGACCUCGAAAACACACUGGAGCAAGAACAGGAGGCUCUGGUAAAUCGGCUUUGGAAGAGGAUGGAUAAGCUGGAAGCUGAGAAGAGAAUCCUACAGGAGAAAUUAGACCAGCCUGUGUCUGCACCGCCAUCGCCUAGAGACAUCUCCAUGGAGAUCGAUUCUCCCGAGAACAUGAUGAGGCAUAUCAGGUUUUUAAAGAACGAAGUGGAGCGACUGAAGAAACAGCUGCGAGCUGCCCAGUUACAGCAUUCGGAGAAGAUGGCCCAGUACUUGGAAGAGGAACGGCACAUGAGGGAAGAGAACCUGCGGCUGCAGCGGAAGCUCCAGAGGGAGAUGGAGAGGAGAGAAGCGCUGUGUCGCCAGCUCUCCGAGAGCGAGUCCAGCCUGGAGAUGGAUGAUGAGAGGUAUUUUAAUGAGAUGUCUGCGCAAGGACUAAGACCUCGCACUGUGUCCAGCCCAAUCCCUUACUCGCCUUCCCCCAGUUCGAGCAGGCCUAUAUCUCCCGGUCUUUCGUAUGCAAGUCACACGGUUGGUUUCACGCCGCCAACGUCGUUGACUCGAGCUGGAAUGUCCUACUACAACUCUCCCGGCCUCCACGUUCAGCACAUGGGGGCCUCCCAUGGCAUCACGAGGCCAUCGCCACGGAGAAGCAGCAGCCCUGACAAGUUUAAACGGCCCACGCCACCUCCAUCUCCCAACACACAGAGCCCGGUCCAGCCGCCUCCGCCGCCGCCUCCGCCCCCCAUGCAGCCUGCGGUCCCCUCGGCAGCCACCACGCAGCCCCCGCCCUCGCAGCCACCGCAGCAUCCGGUGCACCCCUCCUCCCAGCCUUAAUGCAUGAGCCUAGUCAGAAUUUCCAGUUGGGACUCGUCCGAUGGAGCCGCCUUCUCAACGCCAAAGGCUUCUCUCCCGGCGUAUUUUGGAUCUGAUGCGUUUGCACUGAGGUUAUCUACCCUCCCUCCUCAUCGUGUCGUGAAUGUCCGUCGGAAACGCAGCCGACGUUGCGGGUCCGCAACACUAACCAGACGACUUUUCUCCACCGGUGUUUUACUUGAAUCUCCGUGUCUGUCAUUCCCUGGCUGGAACGUUGCUGUCUGGUAUCUGGUAAUGAGCAGCGGUGUGCAAACCCUAACCCCGCCCCCUCCAGGGCCCCAGGGCCCCAGGGCUGCUUUUUUUCUUGGCUUUUUAGGUUUGUAAAAUAAGAAGGGAGAUUUUUUUUUUUUUUUUUUUUUUUUAUAUAUAACUAUUCUCUGUGAAUUUGCAGGAAAAUUACCAAGCUGUUUAGAAACCCCUCCUUCUCCAGGUCAGUGACGUUUACCGAACAUACCAAGAAUUCAGCACUACAGUCCAGACCUUUGCAGACCAAACUCACUGUAGGAUCGGAAGCUAGAUGAACCGGUGCCCACAACACGUAGUCUAGAGCUUUCUACAGACACACUUUUUACAGAUUUGUUUUUUUCUGAUGUAAAUUGACCACCGCGUCCCUUGUAAAACAGCCUACAGAAACAAAUCACACAGCUGUUACCCUCCGCCACGUGCGUGGGGACGGGAAUUAUUGCCUAUUAAGAUGUGAUUUUUAUUUUCCUCAAUGUUAAUCCACCUAAGCCAGUGCCCUCUGACGUGAGUGGAUAGAUAGAUGCCUUCCCACCGAUGGUCUUGAUGGCUAACCAGGACGUAGGCUUAGAUCUCUGCUGCAGGGGCCGUGAGAUUGUAACAGAGCCAAUGCUUCCGUUCUUUUGUGUUGUCCCGAGACAGGGGGUGUGAACAAGUAUCUUCCAGGUGCAAAAUGCUGUCAGGAAAUAACGUCUGAAGUGUAAGCAACAGACACCCUAGUGCGACGGCUGAGGAGCAAGCAAAGGGAGCUCUCCGGCCUCGACUGGUGCUCACUUUGCCUGUCAUCAGCAAGGAGAGCACCUAGAAAUUUCUGAAUGUGAUCACCAUUCAUUUCAGCACAA